UCGGUGCGCAACCAAGAUACCAACGACGCGUUCCAUCGAACGCGCACGGUGGAGAGAAACGAUUCUACUUGCCUCGUUACGUACCGAUCGCGGUGAGAGCUCGAUGCCGAUACAUUCACGGUGAAACCGAAUCGACAACGAAGCGGAAUCGUUUCUCUCCAGCAUUUGUCCUAUACGAGACAAUCGGAAAAGUAGUGUGCGUGACGGAUCGCUCUAACGAUGCUUCAGAUACACGUUGCUUCUCCAAUCGACCUUCUCCACGGCACUAUUCUUUCAAGUGUUUUUAACCAUUCUGUGCAUGAGCGUCAGCGCGGUAGAAAUACUAUUGAAUCUGAAGAGAUUCGACGUUGUACUGGGAAUGGCAGUCUGGCUGGUGGGCCAGGAAGUCCACUUGUUCUUCCUCUGCCUCAACGGGCAGAGACUAUCGGAUUUUUGCGAGAACGUCUAUCGCGACGCCCUCGAGUGCGCAUGGUACACGUUUUCCGCCAAGAGUAAGGUGAUUUAUCGGUUCUUGAUUACCAACAUUUUGACGCCUCGCCAACUGGUCGCCAUGAAGUUGAUAGUGUUGAACAUGCAAACCUUCCAAGCGGUGACCAGAGCGGUGGAAUACCUCGAAGAGAGACGUUAUAACAAAUUUAUCCAGUGUUUGCCAGCGUUUCUCGUGAUGGCCAUUUCCUGUACGAAAUAUAUACAUAUUAUGAUGAACUCGGGAAAGGUGAAGGAGCUACUCGCAAUAAUACAGAGCGAUACGGAGCGAUGCAUGAAGCUGCCGGAGAAGCGGAUUUACCACGCCUCCGUCGUCACUGGAAAAUUCUACGUCACCAGUAGUCAGGUGCAAACCUGGCUGGCAUUAAUAGUGUACUUGAUGAUCCCGAUCGUACCGAUGAUACAACGGGCCAGGAACCACGGCAACAUUACCGAGCCACCAGAAUUUUUGUACGAAGUAGACUACAAGGUCGACCACGAGAAAUACUUCUACCUCAUCACCGCGCACACUUACCAUGCAUCCCUGGUAACGAUAGGAAUGGUCAUAGCGCUCGACAUCUUCUACAUAGUCGCUAUUCAUCAUUGCUGCACUCUGUUCGAGGUGACAGGAUUCAAGCUAAAGACAGCUUACAUUUUGGACAAGAGUAUAUUGAAGAACGGUGACGAGUGGAAAACCGUGACAGUCGAGAAAUUCUCACCGGAAGAGGAAGCGCAAGUAUUUCGGAAUGUCUCGCACUCUAUCGUCGAACAUAACAGAGCGCUCGAGUUCCUGAAUACUCUCCAAUCGAUGUUCUCCGUGGAACUGUUUUCGGAAAUUUCUUUGCACAUCUUAUGCCUGAGCGCGUGUGCAGUGGAAAUACUGAUCAAGCGAGACAACCUCGACGUGGCGUUCAGGAUGUUGGUUUGGCUGGUAGCUGUGGAACUUCACUUGUUCCAAGUUUGUAUUGCUGGCCAGAGACUUUCAAACUACAGCGAGAACGUCUACUAUGACGCGCUAGAAUGUAUGUGGUGCUUCUUUGAUUCAAAGACCAAGGUCAUUUAUCGAUUCUUCAUUUUAAACACCCUGAUGCCUUGCCAAUUGGUUGCCUUCAAGCUGACAGUGGUCAACAUGGAAACGUUUUUAGCAGUCUCGCGUCUGGCCGCAUCGUAUUUCACGGUUCUGUCGUCUAUGAUAUAAGUAAACGCCCUCGAGAGAGUCUCGCAUAGUCAACUGACACGAUGCAAUGGUGAUAUACUUGAUAUUAUUUGUUCGUGUAACUUACGGUGUACAGUGUGUGCGCGCGUGGCCUGCGACUUUUCAUUUACACCAACUUUAUUAUCCUUACGUACAUUUUACUUGGGUAAAUUCUUUACGAAUAGAAUGUUUGCAUGGAGGUGGAUAAAUAUAUUCGAUAUUUACAUCACGAGGAAAUAAACAGCAAUACAAAACCGUAAACAUUUACACAUAACAUUAUGUGAUUCGUCAUGUAAUUAUGAAAAGGUGUUUUCGUUCCGUGCGUAACGUUAAUGUAAUCUGGAUUCUCGUCCCUACACUUCACUCUUGAUACAACCAUUUUCUCCAUCAUCGAAAGCCACGAUUCUUUCUAACCAUGGAUUUUCAACUUGCAUCUCAAGGAAGGAAAUUUUCAUUCACGGUUACCGUGAAUGUCACGCUCAUGCUCGAAGCGAAACAAACUGAUGGAAUACGUCCAAAAUAUGAGGGUCCAGAUCCGGCGUAAACAACAGGGUUUCUAAUGUCGAUGAAUACUUUUGAACCUGUUCGUGAUGCUGUAACACGAAAUGGCAAAUGUAAAGAAAUCCAACGAUUUUAAAGAUUUUAAAGAUUUUAAAGAUUUUAAAGAUUUUAAAGAUUUUAAAGAUUUUAAAGAUUUUAAAGAUUUUAAAGAUUUAUUUCGAAUAUUUCGAAUAUUUCCCAAAAAUUACUCGAAAUGAUUACUUACCGUUAGGAACACCUGCUGUAAUCUCCCUAUGGUCCACUUGUACCAAUGAGUAUUAUAGUCUAUGCCGUCGGUAUCGCAACGUACCAAGUGCUCGGACAAAAUCAUUAUGAACCGCUGGAAAACAAGCGCGUCGUUAACUCGAGGAAAUUUCAACAUUUUCGUCAAACUAGUUGAUCAAUGUUCACCUGAAAAAUGAUUAAAAACAGAUUUUUCUGAUCAGCCUGUGCUGCCUCCAGUUUCUCUUCCAUUCUUUCCACAACGUCCUCCGACGGUUUCUCCUUGUUCCUGUCUUUAUUAUUAUCCUCAUCCUCCGACGAUGAUCCAGAUCUACUUUCCGCUCUUCUCAAUUUCUCUCGUGCUUCGGCCAAUUCCGUGCUCAACUUGGUCACGUGCUUGUUCUUCUUUCGGAUCGUUAAAUGAAGUAUCUCCCAAAUGUAUAGCCUGCCGAAUUACAGUUGCACGCAAUUACUCGAAUAUUAUUGCCAGAGCGGAUGAUUCGUAACGUACUUGGUAAACUCCGAUGCCAUCUCUUUGGAAAAUAUCCAGUUCGCGAUGGCGCUGCACUCGAUGAUGCCCGUCUUUAAUAACUUGUCCGUUAAAACGACCAUCAUUUGGUAAUGAUUCUUCCAC